AUGAAGGUGGAAAUACAGUGGAAGAAGCUGGUCAAGCCGUCAGUGCCGACACCAAGCGACCAGCGAAAAUGGAAGCUAACAUCAAUAGAUGAGCUUCAGAUGCCAAAUUAUGUGGGCGUUAUCUUCUACUAUAGAGAUAAUGCUGGGAACCCCGGAGUCGAUAUCUCUCAAAGGCUUCACCAGAUGGAGGAGUCACUUUCCAAAACUCUAACCCUCUUUUAUCCUAUGGCAGGGAGAUAUAUCGAGGAUGACGACGGUUGUUUUAUCGACUGUAACGACCUUGGAGUGGACUUCGUCCAUGCCAAAGUGGAUGGCCAGAUUGAUCAGCUUCUCCAUAGAGACCCCGACAUGGAUUUGCUCGAAUAUUUGUCGCAAUUCCCGAACAACCUAGUAGGCAAUCCACUAGUGGUGAUUCAAGUGAAUACGUUCGAGUGCGGCGGAAUAGCAAUUGGCUUGCGCUCUACACACAGGAUCAGCGACGUGCACACCAUGGCCAUAUUCGUUAAUUCGUGGGCCACCGCUUGCCGAGGUAACGUCGAUGUUACAGUCUGUCCAAAUUUCGAGUUGUCGUCUCUAUUCCCAAUGAAAGUGUCGGCCGUUGCGAAUUGGCCUCCGCCACGGAUUAUUGGCAGCAAGGAAUUCACGGUGUCUAGGUUCAGGUUCAGCGGUGAUGCUGUAUCGAAGCUGAGAGCCCUAGCAAGGGAUGAUGCAAAGGAUUCAAUGGGCAACAACUUCCAGCCUUCGAGGGUGGAGCAUGAUUUCUGGGCGCUCCGAUCAACCCGCGGCCAGCAAAAGGAAUCCGAGUUCAAUGAGAUGGUGAAUAUAAUCCACAAUAUGAUAUCGGACGCUAAAACGAAAUAUGCAACAAUAGUAAACAAGCAGGAGUUCUGCUCGACGGUGGGGAAUUCUAUAGCCGAAUUUGUCAAAGUCGCGUCCUCAAGCGAAGUCUUUACGAUUCCUUUUAGUAGCUGGUGCCGUUUCGGGCUAUAUGAGAUCGACUUCGGGUGGGGAAGGCCGGUUCUAGUCAGCAACAUAUCAUUGAAUCUCAGAUCGGUCUUUCUUAUCGACGAUGAAGAGGGCAAAGGAAUUGAUGCAUGGACAACCACAACUGGAGAUGAGAUGAUUCUUCUUAAACAAGAUCCGGAUAUUCUGGCAUUCACUUCCUAG